UGGCUUCGUGUUGAAACUAAAACAAUUCUAACUAUUCAUCGUCAUGUCAUUUCACGAAAUUACCGAAUCACACUAAGCCACAGUGACAACAGAAAUUGGGUUCUCCACAUAAACAAAGUUCAGGAGGAAGAUCGUGGAGGAUAUAUGUGCCAAGUAAAUACAGUCCCCAUGUUAAGCCAAAUAGGAUAUCUUGAUGUAGUAGUUCCACCAGACAUAAUCGAUACAGAUUCAAGUUCAGACGUUCUUGCGCGGGAAGGUUCAGAUGUAACAUUAGUAUGUAAAGCAAAAGGUUAUCCAUCGCCAACGAUAUCUUGGAGAAGAGAAGAUUAUCAGCCAGUAGCGGCAGGAAAUUGGCAAGAAGAUAUGUCUCAAUCAGAAGAUUCCAGAGCAAAUAAAAAUACCACUGUUCAUAAAGGAGAGAAACUAACAAUUCAAAAGGUUAGCCGUCUUCACAUGGGAGCAUAUCUUUGUAUAGCAUCUAAUGGAGUUCCACCAUCUGUAAGCAGACGAAUAAUGCUUCAAGUAAAUUUUACCCCGAUGAUAUGGAUUCCUAACCAACUAAUCGGUGCUCCAAUUGGUGGAAAAGUUACUCUUGAUUGUCACACUGAAGCUCAUCCCGAAUCAAUCAACUACUGGACGAGAGAGGAGGGGGAAAUGGUCCUUCAGAGCCCCAAGACAGACGUCAUUCAAAAAGUUACAACGUACAAAGUUCACAUGAUUUUAACAAUUCAUCGUUUAGUUCAUUCAGAUUUUGGCACAUACCGAUGUUAUGCUAAGAACUCACUUGGCUCAACGGAAGGCUCUAUUCGUUUGUAUGAAAUCCAUGUUCCUCAACAAGUUAAAGAGCCUUCGACAGCAAAAAUUCAAAGCGUGGAUGGAACUUCAGUAAAUGGAGACAUUUCUGAUCCGGAUGGUGAACUUGUAGAUGAUACAGAAUUUAAGUAUGCGAAUUCAUCCAUGGAAGUGACUGGUAUAAAUAGCAGUUCAAUACUGUCGAAUUCAACAGAUUUCAAAUUAAUUUUGUUGGUACUCUCCCUCAUCCUGCGACUAAGUAUGAUGUUUCAAGUCACUUAAAUCCAAGAAAAUUAUUCCAUUCCUCAAGCAGAAGAUGAAGGAUGAAAACACAGAUAUCGUGAUAAAUAUUCGACUUGUUUUCAUUGUACCAGAGCUAUCACUAACAAAUUUCUGUGAUGCCAUUAAAUGUGUUACUCAAUCAUGAAUAUUCUUCGAUAUUCCGUCAACCUGUAUACAGUAUUACUUCCGUUUUUACUUUGUCUUCGUGGUUGUUCUUGCUGAUUGUACUUAAAGAAGAAAAAAAAACUACUGGAAAAAUAUUUUUGUGACAUGACAAUGACGGAGCUCAUAUUAGUAUAAAGUGUUUUCCAUUUGGCGACUCGUGAAGGUUGUACUGACACUCAAAUCAAUGUUAUCUUCGCAAUCUUCAGAUUUGUUGUACAUCAUAAAAAAGCUUGAAGUUCAGGAUAUUAAAAGGCUUUACAAGGAUAUACUAUCUAUUUAGCAAAAAUGCAGUUGAUUCAGAAUCAAAUGAGGGUAAAAAUAAAAUAAAUAAAAAUUAGAAUUACUGAAAUUAAUUUGAAAUUGGCAAUGUUUUUUCUAACCUAAAUAAGGACGAUGAUAUACGUGAUUUCACAUUAUAACAGUUAAGAAUAAAUAUAAAAUCAGAAUUUAUUCAAUUAAAUCAAAUGUAAGCAUUACAAAAAAAAAUACUUGCAGGGUGUCCCAAAACUCAUGGUACAUACUUUAGGUGGUGACUGAAGACUACUGGACUAGCACAAAUCAACAUUAGUGUGUUAGCGCUAGAGUGCAAAACACGCUGUGUCACGAAAUGAUGAGAAACAAGACAUACAUAGAUGGAAUGAAAAUAAUCCGAUAAAAUGAAGAUAAAGAUUAUAUUUAACAAAAGGAAAUUAAACAGCACUAAGUCUCACACAGCAAUUGCUCAAAUUUGCGGUACCAACAUUAAUGCGAGUUUCACUAGUCGAAGGAAUGACUGACCCUUUAAUUGACGGAAGGAAUGACUGACCCUUUAAUUGACGAAAACACACUCUCUCACGGAGUCAGUAGCUUUCGAUCCGGGCAAUAAGGAUCGAAAGCAGAAUCAGACCAUCAACAGAAUCUAUAUUCAACGGAAUCUAUUUCAACAGAAUCUAUACGACCAUCGUCGUAGAUGAGGUACUACAUAUGAUCAAAGAAAAAAAGGUCUAGAUACGAAAUUAAAAGUCCAGACAUAGAGAAGUCUACGAGUCGUUGUAUAUAUUUUUUAUAUGUUACGACUUCAGUUGGGAUCAUGGCAUGUAUGGUGGUUUGUACUUGUCUAGCUGUACUCUGUCAGCUUUAAUGUAUGAAUUUUGGGACACCCUGUAUUUACAAUUUUUGAAGCCAUUUCUCUAACAUUGUCGUAAAUCAAUUUCAAACUGGACCGAUUUCCGGUGAAUUGGUUUAAAAGGAAUGGAUAAUUAAAUCAAGAAGACAAAAAACUUAAAUCAGUAAUAAAUCGAAAAUAUUGCGCAACCCUUUGUCAGAAAAAUUUAAAUUGAAUUUUGAAAAACAAAAAAUUUCAGGAAAUCAGUUUAAAAAACAAAUACUCUUUUUUUCUUCGAAAAACUUACAUAAAUGGGAUUAGCGUAUUAAUCUUAAUUGAUUGUCUUCCAAAAAAAAACAAAAUGCUUAUUCUUUUUUAAAGUAAUUAUUUCUAUUAAAUAAAAGUAUUUGAAACUCUUGCAGUUUAUCGCACAAGUGAAUAUUAUCUAACAAAAAUACGUUGAAAGAUAUAUUUUUCUUUAAUCAAUCAUACAGCAGUAAUUAAAAUAAAUAAAUUGAAGCUGUAAAUUAUUAUUUGAAACUGAUUAUUUUAAAAUUUUCUUAAUUUUUAUACCUGCUGCUCACCUGCUUUUAACUACAAUAUAUGUUAUGAAAAAAAUUCGUUAGUAAUUGCUUCCCUAACUUAAUGCAUAUAUUUUACAAUCUGAAAAUAUAUGUUAUCCUAUUAAAUUUUCAAAGUG